CAACUCUGUCAGAUUGCGAUUUUUUCCCGAAAGUGAGAAAAAUCGAAGCAGGCAGCCAUCUUAACUCGUCCAGGUCACAGUCGUAAGAGCAGUGUGUGUCAAGUGCGUGCGAAAAAUUUUCCUAGCGUUCCCGAAUCAGUAAGCUCCCACUCUAGAACCGCCUGAACGAAAAAUGGCCCCAGCAGCAUCUGCCGGUACACUGCCCCUGAAGGCGGCUCCCUUCGAUCCGCGCUUCCCGAACACGAACCAAACCAAGUACUGCUACCAGAGCUAUCUGGACUUUCACCGCUGCGAGAAGGUGAAGGGCAAGGGCGACAAGGUGUGCCAGUACUUCAAGCACGUGUACGGCGAUCUGUGCCCGAACGCGUGGAUCGAGAGAUGGGACAACCAACGCGGGGAGGGUACCUUCGCGGGCAGAAUCUAAACGAAAGAGAUGUGGUGGGAAGCGCAGCGUGUUAGAUUGGUCGGUCCCCCCGGGGGUUGAAGCGUCGUGGCCGUGAACGGCUAGUAUCUUUCCUGUUUGCUGUUGCAGCGGUCACCCACUUCUUCUAAACCAGACGACGCACUUUAGCAUAACUUUCAAAAGGUUCUCGUUCUGAAAUUGGCAUUGGUCAAAAUUCGCAAAUUAUUGUACACUCGAUUGGGCAUUUGGCUUUAAAUUGGUUAGGAAGCUAGUAAGUAUAAUGUGAACAGCAACAAUGGGUUUGAAAGUCACACCGAAACUGUGAAGCAAACACUUAAGUGGAUAAUAAACGUAUUCAGAAAAUAAUAGAA